UACACAGAUCGAUCUUCCGUGUUUCGAGUUUUGCCCAAUCAACAGGAUGAGAUUGCACAGCCUGCUGCCGCUCCUGGCACUUCUUGUCGUCCAGGUUGCCGGUCAAAGUCCGGUUACCUCUGGCGAUCCUGCCACAGAUACCGAGAAAUCAACAAGCAAUACCACGGACACCAGACCAAGGGCUCCCACCCAGGAGGAGAUCCUUGGCCAAAUGCCUUCCAUUACUCCCAUUCGCACUGGCAAUCCCCAGAUGGACGCUUUCUACAUGAUGUUCCCAGCUUUGGGUAGCCUUCUCCGAUGGGGCAGCCUCUUUCCGGCCUACUCGAUCUUAGGCGCUAUUCCCGAUAAUCUGCAGCCUUCGGCAGCGGCCUCUAAGGUGGUGCUCGUUCUGGCCGAUGAUGCCACGGCCAAGACCCGAGUUACCCGCCAGAAUUCCGCGCCCAAUCCUCUAAGUCAGCUAAUGAACUGGCCUGCUCUGCCCACGGACUUCCAAAUUCCCACCGUUGACCUGGGACCGCAAGUAGGUUCAUUUUUGGCUCCGUUCUCGCAAAUGCCUGGCCUUCUGGGUGCGCCUGCUCCAGUUCCACCACCUGCUGCCGCUCCUGUACCUCCGCCACCGGUUACAGAUGCAGAUAUUCCAGUAGCAGCUCCGGCACCUCAACAAUUAUCACAAAUGCCACUUCCACCCUUCCCCUUCUUGACUCCUGCUAACCUUGAUCCCUCCACUCUACUAGGCCAGGCUUUACCUACGAUUCCUCCACCCAAUUUUGAUAUCCUGGGACAAAUGCAAAGGCAAUUCUUCCCUGCGCUUCAACAACAGCCAGCUCCAGCUGGCUUGAGUGCUCAAGCAUCAGACAUUUCCGAGGUGAGAGUUCGUCCGGAGAUGCCCUACUCGCAAGAAGCUCAGAUGGCCCAGAUGAAAAUCAAGUCGGCCCUGGAAAAAGAGCAAGAAAAUCAGCGAGAACAGGACAAAGACCUAGAGCAAGUGCCGCUUCUCUGGUUCCGGAUACCCACCACUCACGGCCAGUAUUUGACGGAGGAUAAGACACUGGAGGAUCUUCGCGUGGAAGCCAAGCUACAGGCCUUUGAGCGUCAAGUGAUAGCCGAACUAAAAAUGCUUCAGAAGAUUGAAUUGAUGGCCAAACAGAUGAGGUCCAGUGCUGCCGCGCAAAAUGGUGCUUCUCCUUACACGAUCAGUUAUCCACUGAGCCGAACACCCGUGCACAAGAUCACACGGGCUGACAUCCAGCAAGCCCUUCGUGAUGAUUAUGUCCGGCGAUUGGUUAACAAGGAGGCGCAACGUAAGGCCAGAACUACUGGUAUCAAUAGCCAGAAGAUAAAUGGCUUGAAACGUCAGGCUAAGGCCCAGGAACAGACUAUGUCAAAGGAAGACAUCGUCCAGAUUAUGGCUUAUGCCUGUCGCAUGAUCAACGAGAAGACAGCCGGACAAGGCGUGAAACAGAGGUCAGAAAUUGAACAGCAGAAUCCCACGCAGGACGUUGUUAAGCUUAUGUCUCAUGCCUGUCGUUUGGCCAACGAGGAGAGUCAGAAAAUAACCGGACAAGGCGAGAAAGAGCGGUCUGAGAAUCAAGCCCCGAUCCAGCAAAAUCAACAACAGAUCCAUCAGAAUCCCAUCAUUCAACAGGAGAGGCAAAUGUCACAGAAUCCACAAAUUAUCCAAACGAUGCAACAAAGACAGUGGACAGAUGAUCAGGCUAAGAUCCAGCAUGAGCAACAGAUGGCCCAACAAAAUCCCAUGAUUAUGCAACAGAGGCAAAUGAUGCCGGAUCCACAAGCGAUCCAAAUGAUGCAGCGCACACAAAUGGCCCAACAGAAUCCCAUUAUGAUGCAGCAGAUGCAACAAAGACAAUGGAUCGAGGAUCCACAAAUGGUUCAACAGAUGCAGCAACGGCAGUGGGCAGAAAAUCAGAUGAUCCAACAACAGCAACAAAUGCCCCAACUGAAUCCGAUAAUGCAGCAGCAGAUUCAGAUGGCGGAGAAUCCACAAAUGAUGCAGCAAAGAAAAUGGUCUGAGGAGCCACAAACUGUUCAACAAAUGCAAAACAGACAGUGGGCAGAGGAUCUUGCCAAUAUCCAACAGCAAAGACAGAUGAUGGAGAACCAGCAAAUAACGCCACAAGAUCCUACUAUGAUGAAGCUGCGCCAAUGGGCACAAGAAAAUCCACAGUCCAUCCCGCAAGAAAUGCCUGUAAUGAUUCAGCAGCCUCCCAUGAUGAUGCAGGAACGACAAAUGCAGCAACAGCCACGCGAAUCAGAGAACCGUCAAUGGGCUGCUGAGACGAAUCAGCAGUUACCUAUGAUGCAAGAACAACGAGCUGGUGAUUCACAAGAUGAAAUGGUGGGCGAAGCGGGUCCCCAGAUGCCGGAAAACGAAGGAAAUGCCAGGCACAAAGUCGAUCCUUUGGGCGUUGGCGGUAACAAGCGCAAGAAGUCCAAGUCCAAGUCGGCAACACCCACGGUGAUCAACUAUUACUAUUCAGCACCUCAGCGUCCGGCGGCCCAAAGUUACGGAAGUAGUUAUGGAACUACAUAUGGCGGCGGUGGCUAUGGAUCGAAUGCCUAUGGUGUAGCAAAUCCCGUAAAUUCCUAUCAAAGUCAAGGCUAUCGGGCAGCCGUGGGAAAUGAUGAGGUAGAUGAAAUGCUGCGCCAACAUCAAACGAUGGCAAGGACAAUAAAUCCCAAACAACCAGGCCACGUCGGUGGAUCGGAGAGGCAGCAGAGCAGCUCUAAUCUUCCAAAGACGACAACACCAGCUCCACAAGAGCAACUGCAACAGCAUCGAGUCCAUAAAAGUCCAUCACCAGCACCAUCUGAUAUCGAAAUAGUUAACGCACCAUCAUCUGACCCCCAAGUGGGUUCCAUUUUCACCUACGACGAGGGAUUGUUGCAUCCAUUCAUGGGUCUAUUGCCUGUGGCCAGACCCGAUGAUCCCUGGAAUCGAAAGGCAUACGAUCCGCAUUACGCUCUCUACACGGGCGGUGGCAGCUAUGAUGCCUAUUUGAAGGAUGGUCGUCAUCGGAGGGAUACGCACAUCAUGGGUCAAGAGUCGCAGCAUGGUAUUCUGACACCCGGAAUGUUGGAAAGACUUCUUCGUAUCAAAAUGGAUUUUCAACGUAGGUUCCCACAUCUCUACAAGGGCAUGCUGAAUCACCAUACGAAUCUAACCCGGGUUGAGGUACAGCCUCCAGUUCUGGGCAAAAUUAGUAAACCUAAUGUUAAGUCCAGGGUGGAGGAUGAGAAGGAUGAACCUGUCUUUGAACUAGGAGCCGCUGAGCGCAGUCUAUUCGAGGAUGAGGACAACGAUUCCCUAGAGAAAGAGCCAGAACCAGAACCGGAUGACGAUAACGACCGCGAAAUUGAGGAGCGCAAGGAGAGUAGUGAAUCCAGAAAUAUAAGCAAUAGAAAAGACCAAGAUGACAACGAUAUCGAUUACUUCAAUUUUGAUGAUGAUGAUGUUGAUGAUUAGACUAUUAUUAUAAUGCCGAUAAAAUAAAUAUUAAAUAUUA